CUAAAUUUCACUUCAGACCGCCUGGAGGAGCACCGACAUGGACGCAGUUUUCAACGCUUCGAGACCGAGAAAGCGCGGCGAAGUCUACAGAAACUGACAGUUGGAGAGCACGCGUUUCUUCUGUCAAAAAAAAAUCGCUGCUAAAUAAACAUUUUUAUAUUAUGUUCCGCGCGCAGACUAGUUUAUGACACCUGGAUAUUUAACGCUUACAUAUAGCGGUCUGGACUGGUUUUAGUUUAGGUCAAAAUCCAGACACACAUGGGUGGAAAUCUCGGGUGCCACCGGUCCAUCCCCAAGGACCCAACAGAUUUGUGCCAUGGCACGCGCAAGUUCAGCGCCGCGUGCAACUUCAGCCACAUUCUUGUGAACCAGGAGCGGAUAAACAUAAACACGGCUACCGAGGAGGAGCUCAUGACCUUACCGGGUGUGAACCGCGGGGUGGCCCAAAACAUCGUGGAGUACCGAGAGUGCAUCGGAGGCUUCAAGAAAGUCGAAGACCUCGCGCUGGUCAGCGGAAUCGGCGCCACUAAACUCGAGGCUAUUAAACUGGAAAUCUGCGUGUCGAGCAAGUGCGGCUCGUCCAACCACUCACCGUCAUCUCUGCGGAAAGAGCACGAGCACCUGCCGUGCACCGGCGUAAACAUCAACACUGCCACGAUGCCGCAGCUCAUGAGCGUCCGCGGCAUCACAGAGAAAAUCGCCAAGAAUAUCGUGGACUUCCGAGCCGUCCACGGCCCGUUUAAAAGCAUUGAAGACCUGGUUAAAGUUUCCAGCGUUAAUUCAUCGCUGUUGGACCGGAUCCGGUUCCAGGUGUUCGUGGAGCGCUCCAGAACACCAUCGACAAACACGAACGGGGGGUUGACGCACCCGAGCCCCACUUCCUUCAGCGUGUGCAGCGUGGAUCUGGACGUUCCUCCUGGUGGACCGGCGUUUAUCACUUCUGUCAGACCCUGCGUGGAGCCUCCCGCGGACACGCGCGAUGGGAAGCCCGUGGUGCGAGUGGGCACGUGGAACCUGCAGCGCUGCUCAAGUGAGAAAGCCAACAACCCUGGGGUCAAGGAGGUCGUGUGUAUGACCUUACUGGAAAACGACAUUAAGCUGCUAGCGAUUCAAGACUUGGCUGACCGGGACGCUCUAGACAAGUUUUGUGCAGAGUUGAAUCAGCCAACUCUCUCAAGUGUUCGCAAGUGGAAGAACGCCAGAGGUCUGUGGAAAUCUGCUGUUUCAGACAAACCUACUGGACAGUGCAAUAAUGGUGCAGAGUACUCGGGUUUCUUAUGGGACUGCUCCUCUGGCAUUCAAAUGAAGGAUGUCACUGUCUUGGAAAAUUCUCCAACUAAUGGAAAUGGAAAACAGGCAGAUCCACAGCCAUACCUGGGCCGGUUUUAUAUUGGAUCAUCGGAGCUCACGCUGGUCAAUGUACACUUGACUGCAACAUCAUCGGCUGGGGAACAGAAGGGGAAAAACAACUGCGCAGAUGACCUCAAGACCCACAAACUAAACUCUGGUAUCCAGGAAACUCUCAAAGGUGAACGAGAGUUGCUGGUGCUCGGGCACUUUGGCACGGCUCCCGACAGUCCUGGGAUGGAGUGCUUGAGAAAAGAAAAACUCACCGCCCUCCUCCCGGCAUCUGUCUUUACAAACAUCAGCACUCGAACACCGCAAGGUUCCCGCUGCUUGGACAACAUCUGGACCAGCCGCUCCCUCAAAAAGAUCUACACCGGUCAUUGCUCAGUGGUGCGGGAAGGGCUGACUAAUCCCUGGAUUCCAGAUAAUUGGUCAUGGGGUGGUGUGGCAUCCGAGCAUUGUCCCAUAGUGGCUGAAUUCUACGUAGAUAUAAUCCAGAAGGAGCGUCUGUGCAAUGGGAACGGCGUGACAGUGGUGGAGAGAGGAGACACUAUGAACAAAAAUGAGCGAUGACCUUUGACAUCAAAAACUAUUUGACUAUAAAUGAAUGAAUGACAGGUGGAGAAAGACGAUGACUGACUGAAUAUACAGAAGAUGAAGAGAAAUAAUGACUAUAAUUAUUUUCCGUUUUGUCCAUGUACAGUAGAUUCUUCAGCAGCAAAACAGAUUUUAAUGUGGAGCGAUAUAUAGAGAGAGAUGUUUAAACAAAGAUUUAUUAAAGAUGAUGAUAAAGAGACAAAUUAUGUGUGCCAAAACUUUAUAAGUCUAUACAAUAAAUCAAUAUUUAAAACCUGA